AGAUCCGUAUUUACAACCUCCAUCAUCUUCCUGAUCUCCUUUUGGGUUGAAAUAUGAGUUUACUUACGAGAAUAUAAUGUGUAAUGUGGAUGAAUCUGUCAGUCUGCAUUUUAUUCAUAAAACGUUCACAUUUGAGAACCAUAAAGACAAGCAUGCAUUAACGGUGUCUGUCCCAGAGGUCCUUGGUUCGCAGUAUGGGAUGUACGUCUGGCCCUGUGCGGUGGUUUUGGCCCAGUAUGUGUGGACCAUGAGAGAGAAAGUACAGAGGAAAACCGUACUCGAGCUAGGUGCUGGGGUGAGCUUGCCAGGAAUUGUGGCUGCGAAAUGUGGAGCUUAUGUGACUCUAUCAGACAGUGCUGAAAUUCCUCUGUGUCUAGAACACAGCAGGCGCUGCUCUGAGCUUAACGAGCUGCCUGGAGUGCCUGUGGUUGGUCUCACCUGGGGAGAGAUAUCACCAGAGCUGAGGUCUCUGCCACCUGUAGAUAUUAUACUGGGAUCAGAUGUUUUCUAUGAACCUGAAGAUUUUGAAGAUGUGCUUGUAACAAUCUCAUUUCUUCUAAGGCGAAACCCUUCUGGUCAGUUCUGGACCACAUUUCAAGAAAGAAGUUCAGACUGGACUAUAGAAACCUUGCUGAACAAAUGGAACCUGCAGUGCACUGAUGUCCCAUUGGAUAUAUUUCAUGCAAACAAAAAACAUCUAGCUGGAUCGACUCUGCCUGGAAAUCAUUCAAUACAAAUGAUGAUUGUAAAAGCACAGACUAUGACAUAAUUGUUUUUAUUUGUAACCAUAAUGUUGGAUGAAAUAAUAUCAUAUAAUAUCUAUACUAUCUCUCUCUCUCCCUCUCACAUACACACACAUUUGGAUAACCGACAAUUUACAAAAUAAUAAUAUGGUUCUGAUGUCUCAGAUUUUAUUAGUGCAUUUUGCCUCUGCAAAAGAGAUUCUCAUUAGAGUCAAUGAAUCAAGACAUUAGGACAUAUACACUCACUGAGUACUGUAUUAGGAACACUAUACAAUUACUGUGUAUGGCCCCCCUUUGCACUCAAAACAGCCUCAGUUCUUUGUGGCAUAGAUUCCACAAGAUGUUACAACAAAUUUUCCUUUGAGAUUCUGAGCCAUGUUGACAAGAUUGCAUCACACUAUUCCUGCAGAUUUUCAGGUGCACUUGCAUGCUGUGAAUUUCCCAAUCUACUAAAUCCGGAAGGUAUUAUUCGGGAUUCAGGUCUGGUGUUGGCAUUAAGGGGUCAAAAGUGUCCCAAGAAAACCCACACAUAUUCACCUUUACCAACCUGGACUGGUGACACAAGGCAUCAUUGAUCCUUCACUUCAAAAUCAUCAUUAAACGUUUUGGUUGUAACUAUGAAGAACAGUGAAGGUAUGUGUUUUGCAUAAACAGAUGACUAUAAUGGGCACAGUGGCUAAUAAAUAUUAAGAAAAGAAAAAAUACAAAAGUUUAAGGUUAAACUUUUACUUUUUUUAAUGUUUAAUUCUAGGCAAUGCCUGUCUGCAGUUUUGCAAUGGAAGUAUAUUGAUUCUGAGACAGUAUUUAAAUAUAUAAUUCAAAUUUACUCUUGAAAUUCCUCUAUUUAUAAGGAAUUGCUAUGCUGCACUUUGCUUGUGUUGAGACCAUUGUAUCCAAUUCUGUUGAUUGUCUAGAAUUAUGCUUGAAAUUAUGUGAAUUUAAAUUGUACAUUUUUCAGCUUAUGUAGUAUCACAGUUUUGAGUGGUGCACUAAACCAACUGUAAAAUUUAGAAUUGAAUUACCACAAAA